CACCUCUCUCAUUCUUUUAACUAUGCUAAAAAUUCUUAAUGUGAUUUAAAUUUAACAUCUUCUACUUGUUCAAACCCACAGAUUACCUCGGCACAGCAACAAGAACGGGAGCAGAAAAGAUUGAAAAAACAGACUAAAAACCAUCCGAGCAGGGUCCACCAGAGAAAUCCAUACAAAACGGAUCAGCCGUCAAUCAGAUAUUCACAAGCGGCAAUCGCUGCGUCGGCGGCAAAACUGGCGACGUCGAGGACGACGAGUGCAAGGGGCCUAUCGCGGUGAUCCCGCUAGGGGGCGCGGUCAGGCGUCCAUAAACGCAAUACGCGAGUGGCGCAGCUCUUGGAACGUACAAACAAGCCAAGAGCUCAGCCAGCCCAAAAUCCUUUGGGAGGCGCAUCAAAUAAGCCGGCUUCGGCGUCUGCGCGGCUCCACGCUCAACGAACGUUGGGGGUGGGGGGGGGAGAGGUCGAGGGCCUGCUUGUGGCAUAUAACUGCAAACACAGAUAUAUAUACACAGAUAAGGCUCGCCUGAGACCAUGAUCGAUCCAAGCUCCUCUGAGGAGGACAGUGAGGAGGACCAACACGUCCACCAGGCCGUUGGUGGUAGGGGCCGUGGCGGGUCGUCCCAUCAUCAUGGGGCGGCGACUGGAGGCCCCGGGGCUGGUCACGGUGCCCGCUACCACGCUGUCGGUGGGGUGACGGGUCCCGCUGGUGGUUCGAUCGGAGGUGGCCAUGCGGGUGCCGGCGGCAUGGGCAGUCCUGGGGGCCCGGGUUCGAUGGGACAGGGUUCACCGGGCCCGGCAGGUCUUGCCGCCGGCGUCGUUGGGUCGCAUCAUCAUGGCCGUGGAGGCGCCAAGGCUGGCCUAAUGAUAGCGGCAGAGCAGGACGCGGCUCUGUCUGGUCAGUCGGGCCUCGAUGUGCCCGGCGGCCACAGUGCCAGGAAUUCUCUGUCGCCAUCGAUGAGCGCGCACCAGGAUGCGGCCAACUACGCGGGCAAAGCUGGUCAGAGGCCCAUCAGUCCGUCGCCUUCCGUCGCCAGCGAGAAGACUGAGCAGGAACUGCAGGAUAAACAAGAGCGUGAGGAGGAAGAGAGAAAAACGAGGCUUCAGUUAUACGUGUUUAUUUCGAGGUGCAUCGCAUACCCGUUCAAUGCAAAACAACCAACGGAUUUGACAAAGAGGCACAUGAAAAUCACGAAACAGCAACUGGAAACGCUGUGUUCCCGCUUUCAGAGCUUUUUGAAAGGCGAGACAAACAUAAUGGCCGACGAGGCUUUCCACAACGCGAUUCAGAAUUACUUUGACGUAUUUCUGAAGUCAGAGCGGGUGGUGCGCAUGGUGCAGAGCGGCGGUUGCUCACAGCACGAUUUCCGCGAGGUAUUCAGGAUCAACAUCGAGAAGCGUGUCCGGAGCCUCCCGGAAAUCGACGGUCUGAGCAAAGAGACUGUGCUUACGUCCUGGCUGGCCAAGUUUGAUUGUAUCUUCAAGGGUACCGGUGACGAUGACACCAAGAGGCCAUCUAGGAUGCAACAGCAGUCGCUGAAUUCCGAGCUGAUACUGUCGAAAGAACAGCUCUAUGAUAUGUUCCAACAAAUACUUGGCGUUAAGAAAUUUGAGCAUCAAAUAUUGUUCAACGCCCUCCUGUUGGAUUCAGCCGAUGAACAGGCUGCCGCCAUCAGGAGGGAGUUGGACGGCCGCGUGUCGAUUGUAAACGAAAUGGCAGCGGACCGGAAAAAAAUGCCCCGGUUCAUUGUCAAGGAGAUGGAGUCGCAAUUCAUCGACGAAUCAAAAAUUGCCAUCAACCAGUUGAUGGUCAAUUUGGAGUCUUUACCAGUCUCCAAAUGUUCGAUGGAGGGCAAAUACGGGUUGCAGAAGCUGAAACGUUACAAUCAUCGUAGCGAUCGCUCCCGCCCCCGUAAUCAAGGGCUCUCUAACGACUCCGCAGACUCGGAACCCCAACUGACCAAAAUGGACGUAGCCCUCUCGUUUCCGCUGGAGGUCGUCGUCAUGGAAGUCAAGGGGAUCAAGAGUCUGGCUCCAAAUAGAAUCGUUUACUGCACCAUGGAAUGCGAUAGCGAAAAGUUUCAAACUGAUCAAGCUGAAGCCUCGAAGCCCAUGUGGGACACACAAGCAGAUUUUACAACGAUGAAUCCAUUGCCAGUUGUGAAGAUACGUUUUUUCACCGAAAAUCCUGCAAUACUAGCUCUAGAAGACAAGAAACUCGGCGAGGUCAUACUUAAACCGACGCCGUUGACGAAUCGCUCGCCAGACUGGUACAAAAUGACCGUCCCACGAAGCUGUCCCGACCAGGAUCUUCGCAUGAGAAUUGCCUGUCGGAUGGAAAAGCCGUUGAACAUGAAGCAUUGUGGCUACCUUUACGCGGUGGGCAAGUCCGUUUGGAAAAAGUGGAAAAGACGCUAUUUUGUUUUGGUCCAAGUCUCACAGUACACCUUUGCGAUGUGCUCGUACAAAGAAAAGAAAAGCGAGCCGUCGGAAAUGAUGCAGCUGGACGGCUAUACAGUUGACCAUAUAGAGUCGUCGACCGCUAACGUAGUAGCUGGCAUGGAAUUGACAGGUGGAAAGUACUUUUUCAACGCCGUCCGAGACGCAGAUAUAAUAGUCUACGCCGCGGACGACGAGAAUGAGUGCCAUUUGUGGGUGACCGCUAUGUACAGAGCUACUGGUCAAUCCCACAAGCCUGUGCCACCCAUAUCGGUAGCUAACAAGAGCUUAACGGCCAGUAAGAUACAAGGCGAUACCGACAAAGCGAAGAAACAUGGGAUGGAGGACUUUAUAAGCGCUGAUCCAUGCAAAUUCGAUCACGCGAGCCUUUUCAAGUUCCUGCAAAGAUUGACGCUCGAGUACAGACUGAAUGACCCUUACUGUUCGCUCGGAUGGUUGUCACCUGGUCAGAUUUUCGUCAUGGAUGAGUACUGCGCAAGAUACGGAGUACGUGGAUGCCAUCGGCAUUUGUGUUACCUCAAUGACUUACUGGAUAAAGCAGAAAUCAACGUCAUGAUAGACCCAACACUACUUCACUUCAGUUUUGCAUUUUGUGUUAGUCAUGUCCAGGGUGGAAGACCUGAUGUGAACUUAGACCCAUUAAAUAAAGACCGUGGUCUUACAGGUGUGGCAUCUGUCACCCACGAAGAAAAAGAUGUGUUCAUGGAUAUCAAAGAUCGUUUGAAACAAUUGCUUGAAAAUCAAAUAACCAACUUUAGGGUAUGCUUCCCAUUCGGUCGGCCCGAGGGUGCACUGAGAGCAACGUUGACCCUGAUGGAACGAGUGCUGGCAAAAGAUUCGACGAACGUCGAUACGGAGGAGGUCCGAAAGUUCAUAAAAACGUGCCUGGAGACCGCGGCUCAUGUAAAUUACAAGAAGUUAUCAGCUGAGGCCAAAGUCGGUGAAGAUCUCAACGGAGAUGUGUGCGUUCCUCCAAGCAAAAAGCUGGAAGAUCUCAUACAUCUUGCCGAGAUCUGCGUCGAUUUGUUGCAACAAAACGAAGAACAUUAUUCGGAGGUAGCGUUCGCAUGGUUCAGCGAUCUCCUGGUGGAGCACGCUGAAAUCUUCUGGAGUCUCUUUGCCGACGACAUGAACAAAGUACUCGCUGAACAGCCACCCGACACCUGGGACAGCUUUCCACUAUUCCAAGUCCUCAACGACUACCUUCGAAUGGACGACAACUUAAGGGAUGGACGGUUCCAUCAACUGCUGCGGGACACGUUCGCACCUCUGGUGGUUAGGUACGUGGAUCUGAUGGAAACAUCGAUUGAUCAGUCCAUGCACAAAGGCUUCGAGAAAGAAAGGUGGGAGAUCAAGGGAAAUGGCUGCGCUACCUCGGAAGAUCUGUUCUGGAAACUGGAUGCCCUUCAGUCCUUCAUAAGCGGACUCCACUGGCCGGAUGCCGAGUUCCGCGUUCACUUGGAGCAACGGCUGAAGCUCAUGGCCACUGACAUGUUGGAGGUCUGCAUCCAAAAGACCGACGGGUCCUUCCAGCAGUGGUUGAAAAAGGGAGGCAUAGCCUUCAGCUCGACGGACUACAUUAUUCCGUCAGAAAUGUGCUCUAUGGUUAACGUUAUCUUGGAUGCGAAGAAUCAAAGUUUUAAGCUUUGCACUGUCGAUGGGGUCGAUGUGCAUCUCUAUCACGUGAAAAUCGACGACAUGAUCGAGAAGGAGUUGGCCAGCAUGUCACAGGGAAUGAUCAACAAACUCGUCAGCAUUUUGGAGGCGACUCUGUCAAAAUUAUCGCGUUACGAUGAAGGCUCGCUCAUUGGCUCGCUGCUCAGUUUUGCGAAGGUGUCUGGAAGUGGAAAAGAAAUGGGCCAAGCUUACGUGAGCUUCACAAGAAACAGUACCGAACAGAUUCGUACGAAAGUCAUUGAUGAACUUUGGAUCCUGAAUUUCUUCGAGCAAUGGUACAUGGCACAGGUCCAGCUGUUGUGCAACUGGCUGACCGAACGAAUGGACCACAGUCUGCACGUGUUCCAGUGCACUUGUCUCGCUCACAUUGUCAAAAAAAUCUAUUCCGAUUUCGAGCUCCAGGGAGUCAUGGAGGACAAAUUGAACUCCAAGACUUAUCAGACGGUAGCUCAGAGAAUGCAAACAGAGGAAGCAACUUGUGCCUUAACCAUGAACUCUCACAAUGAAGAGGGACUGUCUGAGAACGGCAACGACGAUGACGUGGAGAGGCCCAAGACAAAGGUCACCGUAGUCGAAAGCGUAGGGGGCGAGGAUGGCAUAAGCAUCAGCAACGUCACGUCGAACGUAGCCAGCAGAGUCACGGGCAUUUUUGAAAAGGGUAUUGGUGGCCUUUCUACGAAAUUUGGCGGAGCAACCAGUUGGUUCUAAAGAGGUUUUUUCUUUUGCACGUACUCACUUGUUUGCUACUGUUCAACAAAGAUAUGGUUGGAUGAGGAUCUAUCAACAUUCGCCUAGAACGUUACUUCGUAUUGAGACGAAAAAUGAAAAGAGAAUCGAUACUAAAGUAAUAAUUAUACAAAUAAGUUCCGGCGGAUGAACACUAGGGUGUUGCUAGGAGAUAAUAUUAUACAUAUGAAUUCUCUUAUCUUGAUUUUGUUGAACGACGAGUAUGAGGCAAACGAGCUUGACGUUCGUUUUGUUGGAGUUGGGACAUGUAAAGAAAAUUUUACGUCACGAUCGAUCGUUGACGAUAUGUUGACGCUUGUGUCCUUUCGUUUUGCGUCUUGCGUCUUUGCCGUCCUCGCGACAGUUCUUGCGAGAGCGCCAACACUUUGGGAAAAAAAGACGUGGAAUCGAACGGAGGACAAAAUGGCCGACAAAGAAGGAAAUGAGAAAAUGGCGGUUGAAAGCACCCCCCCUUCUUUGACCAGAUAUUUUAUUAUAAUUGUGUCUUAACAUCAUUGAAUAAGCGAGUGUGGCUUUUGUUAGUAAAAUCAUGUUUGCGAAAUCAAUGUCCCGGUCUAAAUAUUGGAGGAUAAAAAAAUACUUAAUGUAUUUGAAAUUGUAUAUUACGACGGAAUAAUAUGCAACGUAAAUAUUCACAGCAUCGAUAAAGAGAUAAGCGCAAUGUUGAAAAAUUUUAAUGAGACAACCAAAUAUGGUAAUACGUAAAUAAAAGCAAAAUAAUUAUAUAUUC